AGCGUCUCUUCUGAUUGGAUAAUGACCGAAACCCUCCGUCCAACGGUCGCCAGAAGUGUUCGAAGUGGGCAGAACUGGGAGAACCGAGUGGCUCGAGUUAAUUUAGUAAACAAACAGAAGACGCGUAAACUUUUUUCUUUUUUUCUGUAUUGUCGAGUUAGUUUUGUCGCAAGAUAAUUAAAACAUUUAAGGCACCGUUAAACUUAAUCGUGGACUGAAAUCGCGCAGUGACAGUGUGUGUCAAGCCCGAACGUGCUGUAGCCAUUUUCGCCUUCUCUCGUGUGUGUUCGGAGGAGAGGGGCGUUAGCGAAGACUCAGAAGAGAGGGGUCCGGUCCCGAACCGAAGCCAGCCAGGCGGCCCUAGUUUCGCGCUCUGCUCUCCCCGGCGGGACAUGAGCGCCACUCCUUCCCGGUGCGCUUCCUCUCCCAGGGUGGGAUCCGUCCGCCAGAAGUUGACCUUUUCUGCGAAGGACAUGGACGAGGAGGAGGAGGGCGGCUUAGAUGGCAGCCCAGAGUCGGGUUUCACGGAGAUGGAUUCCCCGCCGGGGCGCAGGCAGCUGAACGCCAGCGGGUGCAGUCCGCUCGGGCGCACCGGGGACGAGGACGCCGACUUGUGGGAUGGACUCGGCGCGCCGUCCCCGCUCAAAUCGCCGCGCGGCAUCGGCACGAGAGCGUCUCCGUCCCCGCGGAAGAGUUGCGCUUCCACCACGGAGAGCUCGGGCCGGCUGGGCUCCUGCUCCCCGAUGCCCGAGUGCCCCGAAACCCCUCCGCACAAAACGUUCCGAAAGCUGAGGCUCUUCGACACCCCGCACACCCCGAAGAGCCUGUUGUCCCGAGCCAGGAUGCGCACCGCGUCCUCCAGCCGGAGAGUGGAUGAUCUCAGCUGGAAUGUGGAGUCGGCGGGGAAGGGCGACCCAGACACCAGGAGGAGUCUCACCCCCGUCAUUAACAUCAACCCUUUCACCCCCGACUCCGCUCUCAUCCAGAGUGCGACCCUGCAGAGGAACAGCAGGAAGAGAUCGCACUGGAACGACUCCUGCGGAGAGGACAUGGAAGCAAGUGAUGACACUGAAGAUGAAGUCAUUCCUCCAUUAAAGAGGAUUACCAUGAUGGAGAGUCACAUGACCUCAAGGUAUGUCACGGAAUUUUACGAGCUUGAGAAGAUUGGAUCGGGGGAGUUUGGCUCUGUGUUCAAGUGUGUGAAGAGGCUCGAUGGUUGCAUCUACGCCAUCAAACGGUCCAAGAAGCCCCUGGCCGGCUCUGUGGAUGAGCAGAAUGCACUCAGAGAAGUGUAUGCGCAUGCGGUGCUGGGACAGCACCCUCACGUGGUCCGAUACUAUUCGGCGUGGGCGGAAGAUGACCACAUGUUGAUACAGAAUGAAUACUGCAACGGUGGAACGCUUGCGGACGUCAUCCUGGAGAACUACAGAACCAUGCGCUUUUUGUCUGAGCUGGAGCUUAAGGAGCUGCUUCUGCAAGUUGCUCGUGGACUCAAGUAUAUUCACUCCACAUUAUUGGUUCAUAUGGAUAUCAAGCCAAGCAACAUUUUCAUCUCUCGUAAGCCAGUUGCUAUUACGGAUGAAUUUGAUGAUGAUGACGACGAUGGACCAUCUUCAAGUGUUGUAUAUAAAAUAGGAGACCUUGGCCAUGUUACCACAGUCAACAAUCCUCAAGUUGAAGAAGGUGACAGCAGGUAUCUGGCUAAUGAAGUCCUACAAGAGAACUACCGAGACCUUACAAAAGCAGACAUUUUCUCCUUGGGAUUGACCGUGAUCAGUGCAUCUGGGGCAGAACCAAUGCCUGCCAACGGGGACAAGUGGCAUGACAUUCGGCAAGGAAAACUGCCCCUGAUACCACAAGUGCUCUCUCAAGAGUUCUUGGAUUUGCUCAAGCUCAUGAUCCAUCCAGAGCCAGAACGGAGGCCGUCGUCAGCAGCCCUGAUCAAGCAUCAUGUGUUGCUCACUGCAGCCAAGAUGAGUGCUGAGCAAUUGCGUGUGGAGCUCAAUGCCGAGAGGUUCAAAAACGCCCUGCUGCAAAAGGAGCUCAAGAAGGCCCAGUUGGCUAAAGCUGCAGCUGAAGAGAGGAUGUUGUACACGGACAGAGUUCUCACCCGCUCGACAGUGUUGUCCAGUAACAGAACGUCCAGACUUGUAGGAAAGAAGACGAACCGCUCAGUCAGCCUGACAAUUUAUUGACUGUCGCAGAUCCAGAUCUCUGCGUGUGUGUUAGGCGACUGACUCUUCGCCUUGGAAGUUGCUCAAAACCUUUUGUUUUGAUUAACAACUGGUAAUCUUGAGGUCCUGAUAGUACUUAAUCUUUUGAGUACUUGUAACAUAGUUAUUGUUCAAACUCGUUGUAAAAUUUCUACAGUAUCAUAACUUCCUUCACAGUGAAGGGGAUGUGUGGAGCCCCGAGCACUUGAAGGUGGUUCUUCUCAAUGGCAGUUCUGCUGUUUUUACAGAAGCUCUCUGUGUGAGUGUACAAGGGGUUAUAUAUUUGCACCUUACAGCCUGUGAAAUACCGGAUGCCAGGUAGAAAGAGGUGAAGUGGGCAUCAGGUGAGACUGUCAUGGAACUGAGCACUUUGAGGGCAAUGGCUGAACUUGCCAGGUACAAUCUGCUGCUAUAGAUGUUUCUUCUAAGCGUGUCUGGGUUUGGUAGGGUUUGUUUUAAAUUUAAAAAAAAAAAAAAAACUAAUUUGGAUUUUUAACAUGUUGAUUCAAAUGGAACUGUAAAUACAGUAUAUCCUCUAAAACAGUUUUCUUGGAUUUACAAAGCUGUUUCAUUUUUGGUGACCCAUGUUGCUUAAGAAGAAACCAUCCAUUUAAAUGCAGCUGAAACAUUAAGUUAAUCAUUUGUUCAUGUUUUUUUUUUUUUUUUUUUUCCACUUGAAAAAAUGUUCUCUCUCUACUGAAAAGGUUUAAGCUUCAGUAUUUGGUGCCAGAAGUACAUUCCCUCCUCGUUCAACAUGUUCCAUUUACAUGUGUUCAAACCCCCCAGUCCUGACUGUAGCAUUAGUAUCACAUGUUGCCAUGUUCUAAGGUUUCCUCUUGUGAAUAACCUUUCUACUGACUUUAGGUCACAAUGCUUUAUAUUGUGUUAGUUUCUGAUUCUGUAUAUUCAUGUUGUCCAGUUCAUUUUGUU